UCCAGUCACAUCAAAUUAAACAAAAGGCUACAGAGAUGGCAGAGGAUGAAGUUAACUAUGCGUCAAUAGUUAUCAAAACUAAGAAACAGCCUCAAUCAGAAGCUAAAAAUGAGAAUGAGACUGUGUAUAAUGAAGUGAAGGUGAACAAAGAACCAGCUCAGGUCUCUGCAGGACUUCCAUCAGACAACAAAGCAGAAAGAUGUCGCUGGUAUCAGAAGUUGGCUUGUGGCUUUGGGAUUCUCUGUGUGAUUUUGGUGUUGGCCAUCAUUGGAGUCUGUGUUCACUUUGUACCUCCUCACAAGAUUGAUGAGCAGGAGCUGAAACAGCUGAAAGCCAACCAGACGUUGCUCCUGGAUGAAAUUUACAACCUGACAGACCUCAACAACAAACUCAGCUCAGAUUUCAACAUCCAGGUCCACAACAUGACACAAGAAAAAGAAAACCUGACAAGAGAACUUGAUGAAGGGAAGAAUAAAAUCCAGGAGCUGCAGACAGAGAAGAAAAUCCUCACAGAACAAAUAGAAACUAUGGAGAAAACUUGGAAUGAGCAGAACGUCAGUCGAGCUCAGUGGAGCGUUGAUGAAUAUUGUCCUAAAGAAAACAAGAGAAAGUGUAGUUCUUGUCAGAAAGACUGGACUCCCUCUCAGUCCAGCUGCUAUGCAUUUAAUAAUGCUGAACCUCGGGAUCAGAAAACCUGGAAAGAAGCACGAGAAGACUGCAGAGUAAAGAGUUCAGAUCUGACUGUUGUUGGUGAUGAAGAAGAAAAGAAGUUUAUUAAAGACAAUAGUUGGGUUAAUAACAACAUUAAAGGAUACUGGAUUGGCCUCAGAGCUGAAGGAGGGAAAUGGAAAUGGAUCGAUGGAAGUGAUCUGACCAAUCAAACCUGGAUACAUCAGCAGCCUGCAGUUGAUGGUCAGUGUGUAACUUCUCUCCAGAACAGAGAAUGGGAAUCAGAGAGCUGUGAUGAAAGGAACGCAUGGCACUGUGAGAAGAAGGCUUUAUCUGUUUAGACAUGGAAUAUUGUGAACCUGUCCUACAUGC